UUUCAAGCAAAUGCAACCAUGUGUCUGUAAAAUUUCCGGCGCCAUUAUUGUCGCUUCCCAACUCGCGUCUUCAAAAGUGCUUAGUGAUGCUGCCGCAAAUAAAAAACACUAAUUUGUUAACAAAUCUUGCUGGAAAGUGUAAAAAAGUUGCAUAAUAUUAAAGCAGAGCGCGGUUUGCAUGCCAAACGAGUGAAAAACAAGCGCUGGCGUUGCUGAAAGUGUAAAUUAUUAAGAGUGUAAAUUGCAUAGAGGACAUUGAAGGUUAUAACUGCUACAACAAUAACAACAAUUUGAAGUGAAAAACUAGCAGAUUGAUUCUAAUAGUGUAAUGUUUAAGUGUAUGUGUGUGUGGUUCACGUUGGGCAAAGAAAGCUGGGAAUUUCAAACUUCGCUUUCAACAGAAAUAUGUAUAAAAAAUAUUCAAAUACAUAUGCAUACAUACACAUAAUUUACCAAGAAAUGGUUCCAAUCGGAAUGUAGCUGCCAUGCAAACUGAAGGAGGAAAAUCAUUUGUUUGUAUGGAAAACUUUGCUUUGGGACGAGAUACAUACGUAAAUAUAUGCUUACAUACAUACAUACAAACAUGAUUAACAUUGCAUUAACAUUUUAUUUAACAGCAUGUUAUCUAAAUGUGUGCCUUUGAAUUGAUUGUUUAAUAUUUUCCGCUGGCAGUUAAUUGUACAUAUAUCAGUUUACAGAUAACUCUAAAUUCAACAAAAUGGAUUUAUGCAGUUUUUUACUAAAACAUGCAAACUCCCAGUUUGAAGCCAGGUGAAGCAGCUCCAACAUCGAACAUGUUCGCGCACACUGUCGUCUUGUUGUUUUUGUUGUAACUGCUUGUAUCUGCCAGAUACGCACAAUGCCUUCGAUAACAAAGCGGAAAAAACAACAAAUAAAACACAAUUUCCACAUGCCUGUGAAAUGAAUAUGUGUCGUAGCACACAAGUGUAUGUGUGUGUGCGUGCGAGUUACAUUUGUAUCUUGUCGUUUGCAACUAAAUAACUCCGGUUUACGCUGUUUGUUUUGUUGCUUCUCUGCUGUCGCGCUGCCUUCUCCGUCAACGCUGCGCUGUGCCUGCAGUUGUGUGUGUAUAUAUGUGUAUCUCAUAUGGUUUUCGUUUUCGGGAAAAAUGUUUCAUUGAGGUCCAGCCGGUUGCGCGCUCUUCGUUCGACGCUCAUUCGUUGUUCUCUGGUCGCGCGGUGCGGUUGUGCGAUAUCUUUUCGUAGUUAGCGGUGCGCCAACAACCAGUCUACCUGCCGAACGCAAUUUUCGUCGCUUCAAAUUCAAUUCGGUGUGAUUUUUUGUUUUCAUCAAUAUACGAAAUAGCAAUUAUACAGUGUGUAUGUUACGAAAAUAUUAAUUUAAACGGAUUUUAAGUUAAUUAUGGCAUUGCAAUUUUAUUAAAAAAGCUGCGUACGGACGUGUGUGAUUUUUUCUUGCGUUGAAAGUUAGUGUUUGCGGCAGUUUAACAAAAAUAAGCAAUAGCAGAAAAAUUAAAAAAUAUUUGAAGUUGUGAAACACUGUAAUAUUGAAAAGUUAUUUUGUAACUCUUUGUUAUUUAAUAUUCUGAUGCCAUAGUUUCAACUAUUUUAUGCCUCAUGCCCACGAAACACAGUCAAAACUCGCUAAGUGUGCCUUUAAUAUAACAGCAACUUGUCUAAGUAACCGUGCAAUCCUGCCAGCCAACAACCGUUCUACUCCUCAAAACCUCCCUCCUCUUGCUCAGCGUAUGCGCCCGAGAAAGCAUCGCCUUCUGCCCGCCGUUUAGUCCAUGAAUCACAUGUGUCGCACACACACACAAAUCUGUUGGCAACGUCGUUAACCUUGUCGCUGCCAUAGUGAACCGGCAAACAGCAAAAAAAAGUAGCAAUUUGCGAAAAAUAAGUAUUUUUUGUUUACGUUGUAGCACCCACCCGUCGAAAAACCCCGCGGCGCGCAGCGUGUUGACAACGCCAACGAUAGCCGGCAAUUUUAGAAAUUUUUUCGUGUUUUCGGUAUUUACAUACGUAUGUAUGUAUGUGCUCGCGCGUAUUACAUAUUUGCUAAUAAUGAUGCAACACUCAUAUUGACAACAAAAACUACAACAAAGCGGCGUGUCAAUACAUAGCAACAACAAUUAGCGUGUACAAGUCGAGGGUGUUGUCGCUAGGCGUGUGCGUGUGUUAAAAUCAUUUGCAAACAAAGACAAGUAGACACCGAAAAAGUGGAGAUAAAAACGUGAAACAAAAAUAGAAAUACAAAAAGUAACAAAUAGAAAAAUACAGUAGCAAAAAAAAUUACGAGCAAGUUUGCUGAUAAAAAGUGUUGAAGCCAGAGCCAAGCGUUACAGCAACGAAACAAGCUUUUCUCCAUAAACACAAACAUACAUACACUCGAUUUGAAAAAAGUACGUGUAACAACAUGCAACGUCUCAGCAGAACUUCAAGUGCCACCGCCACACUUGGCUCGCGCAGCAAAACGAUGAUCUCCAAAGGCAGCCAACGCGCUGUGUCUGCAGUCGCCAAACGGCGCUUGCCAGCCGCUUCCAAAAAAUAUUUAAAUUUAAAUUUUUGCACAUUUACCCUGUUGUCAUAUCUAAUUUUAUUGUUCUUCUGUGCGAGAGUUCAUGCACAAGGUUUUAUGAAUCACACCCAUACGUUAUCCGACAUGGAGGAGAUACCGCAUAUUUCCGCCGUGGCCACGGAACUGGCUAGUUCGUCGGUAAUAGACCAAUUUAUGCCCAACUGCACCAAAGUUGCACCCGUCUUCAAAGCGCGCGGCAUCGAUCAAGCGGAGCUACCACUGAAGCCCAAUAAUGAAAUGGGUCUGCGCUACUGUGAAACACCCUCGGUCGGCACUUGUUGCACGUUCAACAUGGAAACGCGUCUGGCGCUGCAAUCGCGCAUGCAGCUGGAGAAGCAGUCCAAGGAGCAGAUUACGAAAUUGUCGAAUGCUUUGGCGGCGAAGGCGCAGAAAUAUAAUUCUAUCUUCCGCAAGCUGUUGGGCGAAUCGAAAGAGGAGUUCCACAAGAUGUUCACACGCACCUAUGGCGUUAUCUAUCAGCAAAAUUCCUAUGUCUUCUCCGAUUUAUUCAAUGAAUUGGAAAACUAUUACACCCGUGGACGUGUCGAUCUGCUGGAAGUGAUGGACAAAUUCUUCAACACGCUCUACCAGAAAAUGUUCCAAGUGCUGAACGGACAAACGUUUGAAGAAAAAUUCCUAAAAUGCGUCAGCGAACAUAUGAAAGAACUGAAGCCGUUCGGCGACGUGCCCGACAAACUGGCUGUACAAAUCAAACGUUCCUUUGUGGCGACGCGCACCUAUUGGCAGGCGCUGCAUACAGCCGCCGAAGUGUCGAAGAAGAUGAUGAAUGUACGUCUAAACGCCGACUGCACGGCCGCGCUCACGAAAAUGCAACACUGCGGCGCCUGCAAGGGCUAUGCGGAAAAGCCUUGCACAAAUUACUGCGUCAAUGUGAUCAAGGGUUGUCUGCACUUUGUACACGAAUUCGACACGGAGUGGGAAAAUUUCGCCGUCGCCAUGGACAAGGUUGCCGAACGCUUGCUGGGCUCCUUCAAUAUCGUUAUGGUUGUCGAGCCGAUUAAUAUCAAAAUAUCUGAAGCGAUAAUGAAUUUUCAGGAGUCCAGCCAAUCCAUCACCUCGCGUGUUUUCGAGGGCUGCGGACGUCCAAGCAUCGGCCGCACGCGCCGCGCCGUCAAUCCCAAGUUUAGCCAACCCGUUGCCAUACAACAGCCGCAAGCGCAGUCAUCAUCCAUCAUUUUGACGAGCUCCGAUUCGAAAGUGAUACGCAAACGCGCCACGCUGGACGUGCCAACCGAGCAAAUCGAAUCGGAUAUUUUGGACAUUGACGCAGACGUUGACGAUGCGAUUGUAUUGCGUGAACGGCGCGCCGCUGAGCCCAUCACGGACGAGCAGAGUGCGGAUGGCGAUAAGACAAAUGAUGAUGCUGGUGUUGGCGGUGGCGGUGGCGCGGCGAGCAAUGGUGGUGGCCGUAGCGGUGGACGCGACAAGCAACAGCGUCGCAAGAACCAGCAAAAUCGCAAGAACGACGAUGAUAAUGGACGCGAUCCGAAUCUCGAUAAGUUGGUGCGCGAGAUUCGGCAGCGUGUGAAGGAGUCGAAGAAGUUCUGGUCGAAUCUGCCACAUCAGAUUUGCAGCAAUGACGAGAUCUCCACGUCGUCGGAUGUCGACGGCAUGUGCUGGAACGGACACACGAUCGAUAGAUAUAUGCAUCCGGUGACAAGCGAACAGAGCCGCAAUCCCGAAUUCCCUGGCAAUCCGGCCACUACGAGUCAAACUUCACAAGUUGCCACACAACUUUUCUACCUGAAGAAUGUUAUCAAUCAUCUGCGUAAUGCGUACAAUGGGCAGGACGUAGACUGGAGUGAUCAAGAAGAUGCGCUCUAUGGCAGCGGUGCUGGCUCUGGCGCAGGCAGCGAUGACGAGGAUGACGAUGAGGGCUCCGGACUCAGCGGCGGUCCAUUCACGCCACCACAUAUGAAACCCACCGAUCGUCCGGGCUCUAUGCCAGCGAAUAAUAUCGAUGACGAGGAUGAAGAAGAUGUGGAAGAGCGUCGCAUUACAGACAGCUCGCAUACGACACGUCCCAAAUAUCCAGGCAGCGUCGGUGCGGGUGUUGAAACCGCUGCUGGCGGUGAUACGAACUCCAUUGACGAGGACGAGGAUGCCGACGAUGAUAAUGAUUUGAAUGAGGAGAAGAGCGGUAGUGGCAAUGCAGGCGCGAAGACGGCGCCUAAAAUGACUUUGCGGCGUGCGUUGUUAUUGUAUUUGCUGCCAUUAUAUAUGGCGUGGUUUGGUGGUGUUGUUGCCGAUAUGCUGUGAUGCGUUGUUGUUGCUAUUGCUUAAGUCGUAUUAAGGACACGGACAAACAGAGUGCGGCGUCGGAGUGCAUCGCGUCGAAUUUGUAUGAAUUAUAAUUUAUAUUUUGUAUCUUGAGGUUAAGUGACAGCACUGGAUGGAGCGUGGAAAUUGUGCAGGCGGAAGUAUGGUGUGAAAAUAGUGCAGCAUGCUUUCAGGUGGAAGAAAGUGAUUUGUUUUAGAACAAAAAAAUGCGUAGCAUGCUUUCAGGCGGGAAAAGUGAUUUGUUUUAGAACAUGAAAAAUUGUUUUUAUUUUAAUUUAAGGCGAAAAUUGUACGCUCUAAAAAUAUUAUUAUUAAUUUUGCCGUAAACGCUGCAUUUUCAAAGCUUCACUGUAACAUACUUUUAGGCGCUAUAGUAAUAACAACCUAGGUAAAUAUCUAUGACUCGAACAAAAGCCUAGCAAUGAAGUUCAAGCACCCAACAGGUUAUUAGCCAGAGGUUGCCCAUCAUUUUGCGAUUGACAUGUCGCAUUUCUGUACUUUCAAUUUUUCAUUGUAGCAUAACUUUAAGCGCUUUAGUGUUAUCAACCCAUCUAAAUAUCAAUAACUCGAACUCUAAACUCAAAAGCCAAGUGAUGAAGUUCAAAAACUUACAAAUAUCUUCCAACACUACAGUGUUGUGCUAAAUUUUCUGAACUUUUUCAAGUCAAUUUCUGCUUUUAGGCGCAUUUUUAUUUAAACGUGUAUUAUACCGAAAUUAAGCAAGUUGUUAGCCAGAGUGUGGCCAUAAUAUUUCCUAAGAUUGGCAUGCAAGCGUUGCAUUUUCAAAGCUUCAUUGUAGCAUACUUUUAGGCGAUUUAGUAAUAUUAACCUACCUUAAUAUCAAUAACUCGAAAAAAACCUAGCAUUGAAGUUAAGAACUUUCAAAUAUCUGCCAAAACUACAACAGUUAGUGCAUGCUGAGUGAAGGUCUGCUUUUAGGCGCAUUUCUAUGUAAACUUGUAUUAUAAUUACUUAUUUACAACAACAAAAUUACCAGAACAAACAUUUUUAGCAUAAGUAUGGGAGAAAAUUAUAAAUUGAACUUGAGGCGAAGCAAAUCAUUUAUAUACGUAAACAAGAAAACAGUUAUAAAAAAUUCAAUAGCCGUUAAGCAUAAAAUUAUAUAAUGAAUUAAUUUAAAUUAAUACUUAUGUACCAGCAAUUAUGCUUAAAAAUACAUACAAAAUGGCGAUAUGUGUGUAUGUGUGCGUGCAUGUGAGGGUGAGCCAUGUUUAACUAAUGUGUGUAUGUAUGUGCGUUUGCUUGUGUGUGUGUGCACUCUGUGUAAGUGUGGGAGUGAAAAAAUUAAUUUUGUGACAGCUUUGAUUUUUUUCUUUCGUAUAAAAUUUUUGUUGUAAACGCAUGUCCGUUGAGUGCAUAUUUCUGUAUUAUAUUUAAACUACUAUUAACUGCGAAAAAAUUGUGUGUGUUGAGAAGUGUAGCAGCAUUUUAGGCGCUCUAAUGAAGUAUUUACCUUAUAAGUUUAUAAUAAUUUAUAUAUGUAAACAUUUUCUAAUAAAAACAAAACUGAUAUACUUAUGUAUUAAAAUAACUGUAA